UCACGUUCACGAUGAGGGCGGGAACAAGGACAUGUGCGUGUGCGUGUGCGCGUGCGUGUGCGUGGAGAUGGUUUGUGGUUCUCCUCCUCGCCCUCACCACCCUCGCCCCCCCCCGCCCCUGCUCCGCCUUCCUCACCCUGCGACAUGACCAAGACCAACAAGAACAACAAGAACAAGGGCAGCAGCAGCAGGCCUCCAUGAGUCACCUGUUGGAAGCAAUUAACAGAGUGAGCCAGGCCCUUGAAACCCACGAACGCCACACGAGUCUGUACGAGCGCGUGGCCCUACUCGAAGCGUCCCUCGCCGAGAAGACCGAGCGGGCCAUGGCACUACAGGCCGAGGUGGUUCAACUGAGAGCCAAGAUACCGGAGCUGGAGGCCGAGAUCGAGACCAUUCCGGAGAUGAGGAAGGAGCUGGCGGAGUUUGAGGCCAAUAUCGAGAAACUGGUGCAUGACUACGAGGCCAAGCUGUCCACCCUGGCGUCCGAGGUGAUCCGCCUCAAGAAGCACGGCGCCAGGAGGAAGAAUUUGCAGACCCUGAGCGACGGGAGCAACGUGCUGCUGCGCCCAGGUAUGACAGCCCCGGCGUGUCCCGAGGUGGGGCAGGGCAUGGUGGCAGAGCGCGUCGGGGAGCAGUGUUUAUACUUCUCCCUGGCCGCGGCACGGAACUGGACUGCCGCGCAUCACCACUGCCAGACACUCCGCGGCGAGAUGGCGGCGCCCCCGGACCUCCACCUGCUGAUCUCCUUCCUCCGCCAGUCCUUCGCAGCUCGCGGCCCUUCACUGUGGCUUGGCUCGUCCUACAACCUCUCCGACGAAGACACAGACGAGGACGAGGGCGAGGGCGAGGACGAGGCCGCCAGCCGGUUCAUCGCAAAGCUGCCGGAGCCUGACAAUGAAGCCUCGUCGGUAACUCCCCCUCGCCAAGACCCUUCAGACGCCCUUCAGGCAGACGGCGUGAUAGGAUUCCCCGAAGAGGGAUUCGUAGGACCCUCAAAUCCAUUUACUCUGCACCUGAAGGAGGGCCCGGGCCUGGAGGUGGAGGAGGAGGUGUUGGGCCCGGCUGACAGUCUCCGCGGCAUGCUAGACCAGGUGCCGAUGUUCCGGGAUGACCUCCUGGCCCGCUACGGCAGCCUGUCCCUCGCGGAUGAACCGGUCGAGCCGCCACAACAGCCCGACGAGGAGGCCGCCGGGAGCUCCGUGGUGGAUAUCGUUCUUCUGACAGGCUCCAAGGGACACCAGGACACGGAGCCACAUGCCCCUUCCAACCAGACCGUGAUAUCAGGGCAUGAAUCAAUCACGGGGGUCCUGCAGGAGGCGGUAGUGGGCUCAGGGGACGGAGGAAGUGUAGAGGAGGCCGCAGGGUCGACACAAGAGGCGGAGAAGGGGAAGGAGUCCCACAAGGGGCGUAUGAAGUGCAUGUUGCUGCGGCAGAGCGAGUCGCUGGAGUACGAGGUGGUGGGGCGUCCCUGCAACGAGAUGCACAACUACGUGUGUGACUUCAAGGUGACCCUAGACAGCCUCCAGCCAGAGUGAGGCGUCUUAGCGGGCGUGGAAGACCUCAAGACACUGUGUUAGGGCUUUGAAACAGUGGAAACGGCUUUUGCUACGCUCCAGAUCCAGAAAACGUAUUGCAGUGUCUUGAUACUUUCUGUGUGUGUGACGCCAAGGAGACCAGACAGCCUCCAGUCCGAGUGAGGGUCGGUAGUCUUUUAGGGACCCGUAAGGACAUUGUGGAAGGCUUCUAAAUACAUUGUGAAAAUCUUUGCAAACACUGUAAAUGGCUUUGUGACGCUCGAGAUGCAGAGAGCGUGUUACAAGAACUGGAUAACGUUCUGUGUAUGACUCCAGUGUAUGCCUUUAGCCAGCCUCCAUCCAGAGUGAGGCGCCGUGGCGGGUGUUAAGCCUCCCACAGCUUCCGAGAAACUGUAGAAACCUUGAAUACAUUGCCUUCUCACCCUUUUGCAAACACAUUGACAGAACUGAGCCGUGUGCCUCCCGCCGCCGGUCAUUCAGUAAUCUAAUUGUGAAGACGUGGCGGCCCAGACAUUAGUCUGCCGUGGCCCAGAGCGAGGCGGUGACCCGCGGUGUGAAGAGCCUUCCCAUAGAGCCAGGAUAUGUGCUGCAGUGAGGAUGGACUGAGUAGCGAUAGUGCAUGGUGGCGUGUGUGGUAGUGGUAGUGGUAGAGUUAGGAACAUCUUUACUGAUACACCGAUUACAGACAGAUUGUGAACAGAAAGACUUUAUAACUUGAAAUGCAGGGGUUAUUUCACCCAAGAAGAUUAGAAAGUUAAAUCAAGCGGUAAAAAUUUGACAAGUAAAACAAAAAUAAUUUGAUAAUACACAAACUUGACAAUAACAAAGUUUGCUCUGCAAGAAAAGUUUGAUAUUACAGAAGGACACUGACAAGACACGCGUCCCUACUGUUUAUUAUUAUGUACGAUAUAUUGUAUAGGAUAAGACGUGGCUACUGCUGCUAAAGCCAUUAUUUUACCAUGCCUAGUGAUGUAGUGACUGCGGUAACACGCGUGGCUGGGAAUCCGUGGGCCGGGGUGAUCCUGGGCGAGGAGUUGAUGCCGGGCCACCCAGUCCUCCCUUUGGCGCUGGUUGAUAGAUGAUACCUGGGGAAACCUGGCGAAGGUAAACUGUGGUAACCCGGAUGUCACUCUUCGUUUCCUUCUUCAUGUUAUUUUCUGCUUCCUGUUUAUCUAUCGUUUACUCCUUGUUUGCGUGCCUUUCUCUCGUUUACUUCAUGUUUUUUUUCCGUUUCUUGUUUAUUUAUCGUUUUCUCCUUGUUUGUGUGUCUUUCUCUCGUUUACUUCGUUUUUUUUCUGUUUCUUGUUUAUCUAUCGUUUUCUCCUUGUUUGUGUGUCUUUCUCUCGUUUACUUCGUUUUUUCUCUGUUUCGUUUAUCAUUCGUUUACUCCUUGUUUGUUAUCUUCUCUUGUUUAUUAUCGUUUCCCCGUUGUUUCCUUCCUUCCUUCUGUUUGGUUUCUUUCCCUUUAGCCCGGGAUAAUGCGUUUUUGCCCGCCACAGGUUGAAGGUCAGUAACACGGAGAUGAGUUCCAAGGCCUCGCUGGCCUGGCGUAUUUCCUCAACUUUACAGUAAGUAGCAUACGCUCUAAGUUAUGCAAGUUACCCAUUCAACAAGUCUGCAAGAUGACCAGGCUGGUGGGCUCCAUCCUUACCUGUACGCUCAAUGCUCAAGCUCCUGUCAGUGUUGCCCAGCCUCCUAACGCAAGAUUCAACGAGUGUCUUCAUUCCUUCAUCCCUUUCAUUGGUAGAUUCUGGACCAGCCUUCAAUUUAGGGUAUAUCUUCUUUCUUGUGACUUCGAACUCAUUCAAGAGGGGAGUAUUCAAGCACCUCUUGGGCUACAUUUGGCCCUUUUUCUUUCUGUAGCCUUCUGUCUUAUUUUAUUUUAUGGAGCAGCAAGUUGAAGGCUUUUCUUAUCGUUGUUGUGCUCUUUGCCGUCUGCUGUUUCGUCAAAAAAUGGAACACGAAUUUGUGUGAUCUGUGAUGGCUUUCAGAAGUGUUUAUAUUAGUUGAGGAAAUACUUUUUUCUAUAUUUCUCAUAAACAGCAAAGUGCUGUGACCGACUUUGUAUAUUCUGGUAUUAGGUGAAACACUUAAGAAACUAUAACGGAGAUAUAACCGUUUGAAAACAUGGGGAGGAAAUAUGAAGUAUGUUUCGGAAAUGUUUAUGAUUAUUAAAGUGGUAAAUAUU